AUGAAUCUUCUGGCCCUGAUCUUCACCGUGGUAGUUGGUACUGUUGCCAAGCCCCAAGGUUACCAUUUGAAUCCACCUUCCGGACCAUCUUUAUUCACACGGAGAUGCAGCAACGGACAGGUGUUACAUGUGGACGGUAGAUGCGUUACUCCAAGAGUGAACCGUCGUGUAUUCUUGUAUGAUGUGCCAAGAACUCCUACGCCAGUGGGUCCUCCAAAUUUUAUUCCUGCACCAACCGUGGAGACUAACCUGUUAUUCAUUCGAACUCCCGAAGGAGGACAAGGGCCCGAUCCCAUCGUUGUACCUCCUCCACAGCAGGAACACGUCGUAUACAUCCUCAAUAAGGAAUCUGAAGAAGGUCAGAAAGUGAUCGAAGUUCCAGCACCACCACCUUCUGAACCUGAAGUAUACUUCGUUAACUACGCUGAAGGAGAGAAUCCAACUCUUCCAAACGGAGUGGAUCUGCAGACUGCCUUGGACGCGGCUUCGGCUGGCAGUGGUCAGGUGGUUGGGAGUUCUGUAGACUUCGGAAACGGUGCGGCUGAGAUAAAUGGUGGCUUAGGUAGCAGCAGUGGUUUCGGAAGUAGCAAUGGCUUCGGAAGCAGCAAUGGUUUCGGAAGCAGCAAUGGUUUCGGGAGUAGCAGUGGUUUCGGAAGCAGUACUGGUUUUGGCACCAUUGGUAGUCUUGGAAGCGGCAGUGAUUUCGUAAUCAACAAUGGUUUCAGAAGCAGCAGUGGUUUCGGAAAUGGCAAUGGCUUUGCAAGCAGCAGUGGUCUCGGAGGCAGUAAUGGUUUCGGUAGUAUCAAUGAUUUCUCAUCAAGCAGUGUAGAAGGAAAUAAUGGCGGAUUCAGCAGCGGCGGUGUCAGUGGAAUCAGCAGCCUUUCAGGGAUUGGCCACGCAUCAACGCUCCCCAGUCUGUACACAACACCUUAA